AUGCAAGAGAUUGGAAUGGGACGAUAUCAAUGGAAACUAUUCGUAGUCGUUGGAUUCGGCUGGGCGGCUGACAACUUAUGGCCGAUUGUGACAUCACUCAUACUUGGUCCGGUAUCUCAAGAAUUUCAAGUGAAACAGCCCGCAUUCCUCACGCUUUCUCAAAACCUCGGCUUGCUAUUUGGCGCCAUGUUCUGGGGUUUUGGGUCCGACAUAUUUGGAAGGAAAUUCAGCUUCAACAUAACGGUUUUCAUCACGAGCAUCUUUGCCUUGAUCUCGGCCUCUUCAACAAGCUUCGUGUCUAUAUGCCUUUAUAUCUUUUUUUGGUCGACAGGCGUUGGCGGAAAUCUGCCGGUAGAUUCGGCGAUAUUUCUGGAAUUUUUGCCGGGCUCUCAUCAAUAUUUAUUGACAGUUCUAUCAGUUUUUUGGUCUAUCGCCCAACUGCUCGUGACACUUCUUGCUUGGCCUUUAUUAUCAAACUUCUCAUGUCAACCGAGCGCCCCGAGCUGUACCAGGCGGGAGAAUGCAGGCUGGAGAUGGCUUUUGAUUUCCACCGGAAGUGCUGCAUUCCUGAUGUUCUUAGGUAGAUGUUUGACUAUCAAGAUCCACGAAAGCCCUAAAUAUUUGAUGGGUAAGGGAAGACAAGAAGAAGCCGUAGCAGUGAUACACGAAGUAGCUCGUCGCAACAAAGUCAAAUGCUCGCUUACCAUCGCACACUUAAAACAAUUCGGACCCGUUGAGAAGGUGUUCGAUAAGGAGGAUCGAUUGAUGACUCUGAAGGCGAUCCUGAUGCAGAGAUUGAGAAGGUUCAAUUUUCAACACUUCAGUGAUCUAUUUAGCACUCCUGUAGUUGCGUUGUCGACUGUAUUAAUCACCACGAUCUGGGCCCUCGUUGGACUGGCAUUUCCGCUCUACAACGCAUUCAUCCCCUUGAUUGAAACACAGCGGGGCAUCAGAUUUGGCGAUGAAACCUCCACCACCUAUCGAAACUCAUUGAUUAUCGCAGCGGUAGGCUUACCAGGAUCAGUAAUUGGAGCCUUCAUGACGCAAACACCGCAACUUGGCCGAAAGGGUUCAUUGGCUAUCACGUCCGCCUUGACUGGUAUUUCGCUUUUCAGUUCAUUGACCGCUUCCUCAUCUAGGAUAUUGCUCGUCUGGAACUGUUUAUUCGGAUUAAAUACCAACUUCUUGCUUUCAAUCUUGUACUCUUAUACUCCUGAAAUAUUUCUGACAAAAUGUAGAGGUACUGGAAAUGCCCUUGCUGCUUCAGUUGGCAGAAUUUGUGGUACUUUAGCUCCUGUUGAGUCCCAGGGUUCUGCAAGCCUUUAG